ACAUGCUUCUCCAAACCUUCCCCAGUUCUCAAUCCCACAUUUAUCUUCUCCAAAUCUCAAUCCUACAUCAUUAAUAUCGGUAUUCUGUGCGACAAUUCGUUGAACAAAUGGGGAACAAGCUUCAUGAGUUGCCUCCCCUCAAGAGGUACAGGCUCAUUCAACAAGAAGAAAAGCUGACCCAGAACAUCCAUCCAAACCACCGCAAUUUUCCAGCCCCCUCGUGCCUUCCCGCUAAAAAACGCAAAGAAUCCCGCAAUCUCCUCCCAAUAGAUCCCAUUUCCAACACAGCCACCUAUUCUUUACCUGCCAAGAAAAGAGUUUGGGCCAUCCAACCAUUCGAUCUCAAUAUCGAAUAUCAUCAGCCUUUCUUGGAUAAUACCGAGAAAUCCCAGAAGGUGUCUGAAGAGGUAAACCAAAUCCCAGAUGCCAAAGUUGACAGUAACGCACGUGAAGGCAAGAACAAAGCAGAAGACAAGGAGGACAAAGUAUCUGAAAGUGAAAUCCAGGACAAGGAAGGAAAUAUUCGACUUGAAGAAUUAAAUGAAGAAAAUAAGGAGCAUGUAGACAACGGCGAUGGCGAUGACGAGGAUGAUGGGAUUUUAUGUGCUAUCUGUGAAAGCACAGACGGAGAUCCUUCAGAUCCAAUUGUUUUUUGUGAUGGCUGUGAGCUAAUGGUCCAUGCAACUUGCUAUGGUCACCCUUUUACAAAAGGUAUCCCAGAUGGUGAUUGGUUUUGUGCAAAAUGCUUGGCUUCUCAAUCACCUUAUAGGACCAAUACCUCCAAUCAUAUUAAGCCAUUUUCUUGCUGUCUCUGCCCUGUGACUGGUGGUGCUCUGAAGCCCACAACGGAUAAAGGCAAAUGGGCUCAUCUUGUUUGUGCACUUUUCGUUCCUGAGGCAUUUUUUAGUGACCCUGAAGGCAGAGAAGGGAUUGACGUAACUAAGGUUCCAGCCAGGAGAUGGAAGCAGAAGUGCUAUAUUUGCAAAUCCAAGAAUGGUUGUGCCAUCGAUUGCUCUGAGCCCAGAUGUCCAUUGGCUUUUCAUGUGACUUGUGCGCUGAAAGAAAAUCUUUGCAUUGAGUACUCUGAAGGAAGGAAUAAAAAAGUCAUUGUUGCUGGUUUUUGUGGAACUCACUCUGAUCUAUGGGAAAAGCAACAGGGAAGUGGGAAGUACAAGAUUGUGGCAAGGGAUAAGCACGAGAAGUAGCAAAGAUCUGUGGGUUGUGGGAUCAAGAAGCACUAUCUGAUGAAAUGCUAAUUUUGCCUUGGAUUUGUUGGUAUUAGGAAAUUGGCUGAUUUGUGUUACGUGGGAUUUUGUCAUCGUUAUAGGCAAUCGUUUGAUUUAGCGUGUAAUAUGUGGAUUCAGCCAUUACAGAAAGUUUGAUUCAUUGUCAUUCUUUGGUUUCA